AUGCCCGCGGCCCGCCGCCGGGCCGGGCCGGGCCGCUCGCAGCGAGCUCCGCCGGCGAGCCGGGGCGGCGCGGCUCCUCCGGGGGGGCUCGGGGGCGCCGGGCCGGGGUCCCGGGAAGGAGCCGCGGGCAGCGGCUCGGGGGCCGGGCGGGCCGGCGGCGGCGGCUCGGCGCCGCAGAGGGUUAAGGCGGCGGGCGCGGGGGCCGGCGGGAGCUGUAGCGGCCGUGACGGCGCCCGCCCGCUCUGCGGCGGCGGGGCCGCGGCCGCCGCGUCGGGCGGCAGCUCCGGCCCGGCCCGCCCGCGCCCCGCCGCCGCGCUGGGCCGGCCCGCGCCCGGCCGGGUGUCUCUGCGAGCGCCGGCGCUGUCCCCGCGCCCUGAGCAGCGGCCUCGGGCAGGUCAGUGGCGGCUUUGUCCCGGAGCCGGGGGUGCUGGGGUGCCCGGCCAGGCCUGCCCAGCCCCGGUAUCGGCGGAGCCGAGGCGCGGCCCGGCGCCGAGGCCUCCCGGCGCCCCUCGGUGCCGGCGGCUCCGCGCCCGGGCCGGGCCGUGGGGCAGCAGCCCGGGCCGGCGGGGCUCGGCCGGAGCCGCCUCCUCCCCAGAGGGAUUGGCUUCGCUUGCAGCAGGCGGGCGGCUCGGCCGCGCUGGCUCCGGGGCUGCCGCAGCCCCGCCGCACCGGCGGCCGCUCGGGGCCCGGAGAGGCUCCGGCCGCCGGGCACUGCGGGGCGGGCUCGGCUUCCACUCGCGCGGAGCUCCGCACCCAGCCCAGGGCACACGGGUGCUUUGCGCGGACAGCAACGGCUGGCACGCGGCAGGAAGGGAUCGGAUGCUUUCAUCUCCAGGCUGGGGUUUUUUCGUUUUGAGUUUUUUAAAUGUGAAGUGUAAGAAUGGCCGUGCAUGGAGGUGCUGAAGUUCGUUGAAGUUACGGGACAAACCCAAGAAGCAAACAGGAUUUGGUAGUUUACCUGAUAAAGGGGUAUUUUCUCUCGAGACAAAGCGGGGAGGGAAGAAAAAGGAGGCAAUUAACACUACGCGUUAAUUUAAUUUAUGCCAAUAGUGCGAAGUCAGUGUUUGUUAAACCUUCUGAUAUUUUAAAGUAACUUGUUAAUUAACUGGGGAUAAGUUACUCUAUGUAUCAAAGGAAUCACAAAUAAUAAAUCAGUCUAAGUGGAUUUAGUAAA